UCUCGUCUUUGGAUAUUAUCUUUUGUCUUCACCAAUCAGUUCUCCGUCUUUGAAGUGAGAGGGUUAGUGCUUACUAGUGGUCUCCGCUUCGUCUCUUCCAUCAAAAGAAGAAGAAAUGGCUUGUUCAGCUACUUCAACCACCGGUCUCAUCUCCUCAAUAGCCGCCACCACCAAAUCCAUGGUUUCUCCCAUCUCAAAACCCUCUCACCUACCUCUCCCCAGUUCCUUCUUUGGCCACCGUAAGCCUCUCCAAUCUCGCGCCUCUCGAUCCAUCUCAUUGAAUCGUGGCUCUUAUUCCAGGAAGAGCUUCGUUGUCAAGGCCAGUGGUGAGCUUCCACUGGUUGGAAAUACAGCACCAGAUUUCGAGGCAGAGGCUGUUUUUGAUCAGGAGUUCAUUAAGGUUAAACUCUCAGAAUAUAUUGGGAAGAAAUAUGUGAUUCUCUUUUUCUAUCCAUUGGACUUCACAUUUGUUUGCCCCACAGAGAUCACUGCUUUCAGUGACCGCUAUGCAGAGUUUGAGAAGCUAAACACUGAAAUAUUGGGUGUUUCUAUCGACAGUGUGUUCUCCCACCUUGCAUGGGUUCAAACUGAUAGAAAGUCAGGCGGUCUGGGAGAUUUGAAGUAUCCCUUGAUAUCUGAUGUCACUAAAUCAAUUUCAAAAUCUUAUGGGGUGCUAAUCCCUGAUCAGGGAAUUGCUUUGAGAGGACUUUUCAUUAUUGACAAAGAAGGAGUAAUCCAACACUCCACCAUUAACAAUCUUGCUAUUGGGCGAAGUGUUGAUGAGACCUUGAGAACACUCCAGGCAUUGCAAUACGUUCAAGAAAAUCCAGAUGAAGUUUGCCCAGCAGGAUGGAAGCCUGGAGAGAAGUCCAUGAAGCCUGACCCGAAGCUGAGCAAGGAGUACUUCGCAGCAAUAUAAGAGUGAUUAGCAUUGACAUCCCAAAUUUCAUAUCGAUUUCAGAUAGGGAGAUGUAAACCAUUUUUGUUGUUUCUCAUGUAAUGUCUCUUUAGGCACGUGAUUAAGAGCAGUUUCUGGAAUAAGGGCAUUGGGAGAGAACAUGCCUUGCUUCUGUUGUUUUUGUGAAAAGGAUUGAUGCAGCAAACAAAAUGGCCUCAUUUAAUUCCUUGUUUA